GGGAGGAAUAUCGGGAUAUACGCACCCCAAUAUCGGAGGCAACCAAGAAACCGGAACCGCGCCGGGCGCCGCUGCUUCGUCGUCAGCGUCAGCCCGCUCCAGUCGACAGCGACGAGUGCCCCCAGGGGGCGCGGUGUUCUCUUCCCGGGGCGUCACGAAAGAUACCAGUCCCAGGGUUGGCUGGAGGCGCUGUCGCUGUCCCUCCCCAUCCUUCUCCUCCCGUCCCUCUCUGGGGGCUGCCUUGGUCGCCGGCGGACGGCACCGCAGGAGGCAGCUGCUAAUCGCCGCGUCCGCUCGGCGUUGCGGCGCCGGGUCGUCUCCUGCAAUUCUGCGGCGGAUUGUCGAGUCCUGCACGCUGCGAGGCGGGCAGCGCUGUCGGGUCUCGGGGCGGGGACCGUGCAGCCGCCGUUCUUGCGCCGGAGUUGCCGCUCAGAGAAAGCUUACAGGGUAGUCAAUGAGGACUUGGAUAAGUUUCAAAUGAAACAAGGAUCCUUCUCAAAAAAGAUGGCAAGGAGUUGUGAACGCUUUGAGUUCAGUCCAGCAUCUUGGUGGAGGCUGUAUGGAGGUGGAGUACCAGAUUUGCAAACACUUGCUGUUAGAAUCCUUUCAUUAACCACAAGCUCAUCAGGUUGUGAAAGGAAUUGGAGCCUUAUUGAACAGAUUCAUACAAAGAGAAGGAACAGAUUAACAGCAGAACGCCUCAACUCUCUUGUCUACAUCCAGUUCAACAAUAAGAUGCUGUCCAAGAAAGAAAAAAUUACCCGAAACAAGAACUAUGAGGUGCUCUUGAGUGUUGAUUCUUCAGAAGCUCAAGGAUUUUUCUAUGAGGGAGGGGACAAAGAUGCACUAGUUCACUUCAGGGAUGAGGAUGAGAAACAAAUGCCAGGGACAGGUAUACCAUGGUCUGUCCUAGGAGAUGCAAUGGGAGUAGAGGAGGAGCUUCAACCUUGCAGGAGUGCAAGAGUUGCUAGAGAAGUGGAUGAAGAAGACUGGGAAUCUGAGCAAGAAGAUGAUGACAAUGUGGAUGACGAUAUUGAUUAUGAGGACGAUGAUUGUGAGAUUACAAAAUCCAAUGAUUCUGUCCAGUUGGAUUGAUGAUUAGUGGCACUGCAGUAAUGGAAUGCUGCCAAUGCAUAUGUAAUAUGCAGUUAUGAACUAUGAACUAUAUAUAUAUAUAUAUAUAUAUAUAUAUAUAUUAUACUAACGCUUAUA